AUGGAUCUCUGCGCCACCGCACUGCGUGUCACUUUGGUACUCGUGCUUGUUUCAAUUGCCCAUGCUCAACGACGUGCUCGUUGCCCAAACACUCAAACUUGUGGAGGGAAAGGUAUACCAUUGUCAGAGGAGGAAAGGACUCAAAUGUCUCUCAAGCUUCGUGACCUAUGUGGCUGGGAGUACCAGGAUGGACACAAAUGCAAGAAGGAAUGUGACAAAACAUACUACAGCUGCAUGACUUGUCAUAAAAUAUUCAGCAAAAACACGGCCUGGGAUGACAGAAGCAAGCUGGGAUGUGAACAUGCUGCAAAAAGAUUUGUAGCUAUACCUGCACCCUCUGGUACUAAACCUGGCCCUUCUGAGCCCGGUCCCUCUGAGCCGGACAAUCGCCCACCCGUCCUAUAUCACUUCAUUUAG